GCUGCUGUCGUCGUGCUUCACUAAUUACCCCAGAGAAAGAAAUAACUCUCAAGGUUAUCGAACAACGACAAGAACUACAACAAUGCAAGAACCUCAGCCUGCCACAGCACCUGGAAUGCCCUAUGGCUCCCCCCAGCAGGUCCCUGGGACUUACCAAGGUGCAGUGAACUAUGGAUUCCAGCCACAACCCAUGGGACAGCCAGGUGGAUUUGUUGUUCCACCUGUCCAGCACCAGCCCAACAUGAAUGGGGCAAUCUGGAUGCCUAUUCCUCCCUCUAUUCCCAACUGCCCUCCUGGACUGGAGUACCUCACACAGAUUGACAAGGUAUUAAUUCAUCAGCAACUUGAACUUCUUGAGAUUGUGACUGGCUUUGAAACAAGCAACAAAUACGAAAUCAAGAAUGCCCUGGGACAAAGGGUGUACUUUGCAGCAGAGGACACAGACUUCCUCACCAGGAAUUGCUGUGGGGCAUCACGACCCUUCACCAUCCGGAUUGUCGACAACCUGGGCCACGAGGUGAUCAGGCUGCAGAGACCCCUGCGCUGCUCCUCGUGCUGCUGCCCCUGCUGCUUGCAGGAGCUGGAAGUCCAGGCGCCUCCAGGAACAACAGUUGGUUAUGUUGUCCAGAACUGGCAUAUCUGCCUGCCAAAGUUUACCAUUCAGGAUGAAAAAAGAACGGAUGUACUGAAAAUUAUUGGCCCAUGUAUUAUGUGCCGGUGUUGUGAGGACAUUAAUUUUGAGGUGAAGUCUGUGGAUGAGACUUGUGCUGUUGGGAGGAUUUCUAAGCAGUGGAGUGGUUUGGUGCAAGAAGCAUUUACGGAUACAGAUAACUUUGGAAUCUCAUUCCCAAUGGACCUUGAUGUGAAAAUGAAAGCUGUCAUGAUUGGUGCCUGCUUCCUCAUCGACUUCAUGUUUUUUGAGUAUAGUGGUAAUAAACAUCAGCAAGCAGGAGUUUGGUAAUGAAAUCUAAAUGUUCUCUGUGGAAGGAAGAAGAACAUGGAUCUCCCAACUUUCCAGUGAAUUGCAGAAAUCCAGGAAGAGUAUGAGAAAUAUACAUGUUAUAGUACAUUUCUAUAAGCAAAAAGCUUUAUGGCCAUUUUUAUUAAUUUUUUUAAUCUGGUGAAAUAAUUUGUAGUAUUCAAAUAAGGAAUCUUUAUCUCUACAGAUCAAUAAUAUGAUUUAGAGAAGUAUAUAGCAAACUAUUUUUUCCCCAAUAAAUCUGUAAUUUUAAAGUAACUAGUUAUUUAUAACCACUAUAAUAAUACUUUGAUUCCUAAAGAAGAGGAAUACUUUUAUAUUCAAUAUUAAUAAUAACCUAAACCUAAUAAAGAGACACUCAUUUUU